AUGGCAAGACGAGCUGAUUGGGAUACUGAUGAUGGUUUUGAAGUAUUAAAUCGAACAUAUCCGAUUGAAAAUUUUGAAUUCAUUGAAAAUGAUACUUUCGAAAUUGUACCUUGUAAAAACGAAUCUUCAUCAUUAAUAAAUACGAAACCAAUUCAAUGUGUUACAGUUAUCGAUCAACCAAUCGAUAUUGAUGUUAAAACAUCAUUAGAAAAUUCUUCAAAAUUACCAACAAAUCAAAAUUACACACCAAUUCGAUAUGGUUCAGCGGCAAUAAUUCCUUAUAAUGAAGGAUUUGAUUUAAAAUCUAUUAUUAAUCGUAAUUCUAUCUCACCGGAUAAAUCAUCAAAUGAUUUACUGGCUUUUUUACAAAAUGACAAAACUACAAAACAAUCAUUUACAGACAAUCAUCUUCAACAAAUAAUUAAUGAUAAUAAUUAUGAACGUCAAAGUCUUGUUCAUAUAGCUAAACAAGCACAACAAGAUUUUGUUAAUGCAAUUCAUCUUGAUUGA